AUGUCGACGUCGUCCAAGAGGGCCAUCAGCGAUGCCAAGACUUCAUCCGUUUCCGGCCCGCCUCGCCUCACCACGCCGCCACCCCCUUCUGCUCGAGGCCUACUCGAACCGAAACAAGCCGACGACGGCAAAAGCUUUGGGAGGAUAUGUAGCAAUGGAUUCGGGGCAAGCGACUCUGCGCGAUCCAUUGCUAUUGAUGCCAACGCCGUCGAAAGCGCCUUGCUCAAGGAGCUCCAGCGCCCACACCGUGAGAGCACCCCAGGUGCAAGCCCUCAUCGCAAGCGCCAAAGAAUCAAUGGCGACCGCUUCAUCCCGUCCCGCUCGGGCCAAGAUCUGCAAGCCAGCUUCAGUCUCCUCCACGAGGAUGGAUCCCCCGCCACGCCUUCGAGACAGAAGAAGCGAACACCCCAUGGAGAGCUUCACUUCCAGAAGACUGAGGAGGCAAACCGCACCUUUUCAACGCUGCUUCGUGCCGAGCUUUUUGAGAGUUCGGUCAUCCGACGCCCUCAAAAACCCCGCAAACCUCGAGCGGUAAGCAAGGUUCCAUACAAGGUUCUCGAUGCUCCUGAGUUGGCCGACGACUUCUACCUGAAUCUGGUGGAUUGGGGUAGCGCCAAUGUCCUGGGCGUAGGACUCGGGUCCAGCGUAUACAUGUGGAAUGCGCAGACAAGCAAAGUCAACAAGCUCUGCACUCUCGAGGACGACACGGUUACGAGCGUCUCUUGGAUACAAAAGGGGACACAUCUGGCCGUUGGGACUGGGAAAGGCCUCGUGCAGAUCUGGGAUGCAGAGAGGACGAGGAGGCUGCGGACCAUGACGGGCCACACCGCGCGUGUGGGCUCGUUGGCGUGGAACACGCACAUUCUUACUUCCGGGUCGCGCGACAGAUUGAUUUACCAUCGAGACGUUCGAGCGCCUGACCAGUGGUUGAGAAAGCUCGUCGGCCACAAGCAGGAGGUGUGUGGCUUAAAGUGGAACUGCGAGGAUGGCCAACUUGCCAGCGGAGGAAACGACAACAAGUUGAUGGUCUGGGACAAGCUGUCGGAGACACCUCUCUGGAAGUUUUCCGACCACACAGCCGCCGUGAAGGCCAUAGCAUGGUCUCCCCACCAGCGCGGAUUGCUGGCGUCCGGGGGCGGGACUGCAGAUCGACGCAUCGUCUUCCACGACACCGUCAAGGGCUCCGUCAUCAACGAGAUCGACACUGGCAGUCAAGUGUGCAACCUUGCCUGGUCAAAGAACUCCAACGAACUUGUCUCGACGCAUGGGUAUAGCCAAAAUCAGAUCGUGGUGUGGAAAUAUCCCUCCAUGACCCAGGUGGCCAGCCUAACAGGGCACACGUAUCGUGUGCUGUAUCUUGCCAUGAGCCCCGACGGUCGUGUUGUGGUGACCGGGGCCGGUGAUGAGACACUACGAUUCUGGUCCGUCUUUGGUCGCCGCCCGGGGGCUCGAGAGGAUGGCGAAACCGGGGGUGGUCGGCUGGCUGACUGGGGCAUAAUCCGGUGA